AUGGCAACGACCGGGACUGCAGCUCGAGCAACUGAAUUUGUCAAGAAACAGGACGAGGAGUGGCGUGCGGUUCUGUCUGCUGAGCAGUUUAGGGUUCUCAGACAAAAAGGCUUAGAGAAACGAGGCAAAGGAGAGUAUACAAAACAUUUCGAGGAAGGGACUUAUAGUUGUGCUGGCUGUGGAAAUGCUCUUUACAAAUCCACCACUAAGUUCGACUCCGGUUGCGGCUGGCCGGCCUUCUUCGACGCCAUCCCCGGUGCUAUCAAUCAGACACCAGAAGCAGAUGGAAGAAGAAUGGAGAUCACAUGUGGAGUAUGUGAUGGACAUCUUGGCCAUGUUUUCAAAGGAGAAGGUUACUCUACUCCUACCGAUCAACGUCACUGCGUCAAUAGUAUCUCUCUCAAAUUUUCUUCUAGUACUUGA